AUGCAGUUCUUCAUCAAGACCCUCGCGGGCAGGACGAUCACUGUCAAGGUCGAUCCAGGGGACACCAUCUAUAUUGUCAAGGCGAAGAUUCAGGAUCAACAGCGGCUUAUGUUUGGCAGGGAGAAGCUGGAGGAUGGGUUAACUCUGGCUGAUUACGACAUUGACGAUGAAUGCACCCUUCACUUUGAUCUGCGGCCCCAGAGAAGGAAGAUGCUAAUCAUAAUUAAAACGUUGACAGGCAAGAUCUUCGCUCUUGAGGUCGAUAACUUGGAAACAGUCGACAGUGUCAAGGCUAAGAUACAAGUUGACGAGGGCAUUCCUGUGGACCAGCAUAGGCUCAUCUUUGCUGGGAAACAGAUGGAAGACUUUCGCACCCUGGGGAUCACCUGGUGCUCCGCCUGCGUGCCUGACUAGCGAGUGCUACCAAGACUUUCUUCCCAGUAUGCUUCAGAUUCUUUCUGUUUGCAAAUUGUCCAGCCGUGCGGAAACCUGCGUAAGAGCGUGCAGGCUACAAUCAGUAUGUCAGAAGUAUUUGCUACCUGCAGGCUACAAUCAGUAUGGUCGAAAUGUACGUCAUGUGCCUUUCUGUCUCGCCCUGUGGUGCCAGUGAAAAAGCAGACGUGGCCAAAGAGCGCCGGUUAAUGUUGUUCGAAGUACG